CACAUACAAUGCACUGCGUAGUGGGCGAAAUAUUCUUGCACUUAAAGAUACAUGGGUUACGUAGAGAGAUAGUAUCGAAACGGAUGAGCAUCCUAUGUUUGGAAAUUAAUUCCUGCCGUGAGUGGUCACCGUUCGUAAAACACAUCCGAUAACGAUCGACUAUUGAUAAGGAUAAAGUAACGUGAGAAUCCAUCAGUCAAAGAUCAACUGGGAAGACAACAACGUGCCUACAAAAUGUUUGUCUUAAUGUUCCAUUUGAUCAGCUUCGGUCGUGCCGUUAUGAAAUAUAUUUUGGAAAAACAUCUGGCGAUUUCUUCUCCAGGCAGCGAGCCAAAUUCGGAAGCAGAAGAGAGCGUUCUCACGAGAAAUGAUGAUGUACCCGACGCUCGAAUAAUGCGUGGUAUGUCGUAUACGAACGACAUCGUUCAUACUAUCUCAACGCAUAAAGAUCUGGAGAUUUAUCCGAUGAACCUGGAAAAGCGCGGCAAAUGCGUGAUAUUCAAUCAUAAAAUUUUUGACAAUCAGAGGACUCGAGAGGGGACCGAGUACGAUCAGAAAGCGAUCGAGUAUACCUUUAACAAUUUGGAUUUCGAAGUGACAACUCAUCCGGAUCUGAAUUACGAAGAUGUUAUGGAAGAGAUUGGAAAUCUAUCUAAAGAAAAUUACGAAGACUGUGACUGCAUCUGCAUUUUUAUAUUAACCCAUGGCACUAGCGGUGAUUAUGUGUACGCGAGGGAUUAUCGCUAUCGACUAUCCGAUAUCUGGGAGAAAUUCACCUCGGACAACUGUCGAACAUUGGCCGGUAAACCGAAGCUAUUUUUUAUACAGGCUUGCAAAGGAUAUUCAACCAUGCACGGCAUUCAUGCACAAGGAAGGUCUGCUACGGAUUUAGCCGACGCGAGUUACACAAUUCCCACUCAUGCAGACUUCCUGUACGGCUAUAGCACUGUGGAAGGUUAUUACUCGUUUCGUGCCAAAGAAGGUAGCUGCUACAUUCAGACUCUAUGCGAGGUGAUCAACGAACACUGGAGGACUACCGAUCUAUUAAAAAUGUUAACAAUGACAUCGCGAAAAGUCGGUUUCGAAUUCACGGCUACGCAUGCAAAUGUACGUAUAAGUGGGACGAAGCAAAUGCCCACCUUUAGUUCAACACUGACCAGAGAUCUAUAUUUCAUGCCAAAACAUACAUCGUAGAAUGGUAACAGUCUGUUUUUGAACGAAUGAUCUUUCAAAAAUAAUCAAAAUAGUCUUUCAACGUUAGUGUAAUUAAUGUGUACCAGAAAAGUGAUGAAAAUUUUUGCUCAGUGGAACAGAAAAGAGGAAGUUUAAACACUCACCUCUCUGCCCGUAGGGGCAGUGUUUGAACGUAUUGGCCUUGAGUGAUUAACUGAUUUUACACAGACUUUAAUCGUAGGUCGUUUCAUUGUGAUAAGCACGCACGCGUGAAUAACUUAAUUCUCUUGCCGUGACUUACGAUUCUACUAAUCACUUAAUUUUCUUUUAUUAAGCUGCCAAUUUAUGUUAACGGAAUUCAUAGUAUUAUUCGUGAUUCGACCUUCUCAUGACAAAUGAAUGGUACAGAUGGAGUUUUGCAUCCUUACAAUUAUAUUUACAUCCAUACGUGUAUAUGUUUGUAUCCUUUGAAAUGAAGUGUACUCACACAUAUGUGUCUGUACUUCUAAAAAGGAAUAAUCUCAUGUUAAUAAAUAGUAUAUUAUUUAUAUGAAAUUCUGACCAAAUUUGUAUCGUCUAUUUUAUAUAAAUGUAUUCAAUAAAAAUGCACGUUUAGAAAAAC